UUCAGUGACCUAUUCCCUUUCUCCAAGUCAAAGCUUCAUUCAGAAAACACAACCCAGCCUGCUGCUCACAUUGCUGAAAGGCACUGGGGAAUGUUUUCUGCUUAAAUUCAACUUCUUCUCAUUUUUCCUCACUCACUUUUUGUCAACUUCUGCCCUUUGCCUCCCCUACUGGAAACAAUCACGUCCCAGGACCUACAGAUACAUUGAAAAAAGUGCUCCCCAACAGCAAAAUGUACCUUGAGAACAAUAAUGAUGUCCCAUGUAUAAGAAACCUGGAAGUGGAGCGAACUCAGACAAAUGGUACACAUCAUUCCAGCUUGAGUGGUCGAGUGGGCACAGCCUCUGUGGCGAGUGACUUCAAUGAGCUCAUACUUCUAGAUGGCUUUCAAAGAUCGGCUGAUGCUAAAAGUGAGAGGGAUAAGUCUUAUCAGAAUGGGCCAGAUAGUUGUGUUGCCUUUGGAGAAGACUUUGACCCAACUCCUAUACAGGGAAAGUAUCCAUUUAAUCUUUUUAAACUGUACAGCCCAGUGAAAGACAGUUAUACAGAGACGACGCCUUUGUUAAAAGUGCACUCAGAAAACAAAAGAUCAGAUUUCAUCUGUGGUGCUGAAUCAUGGGAAAACAGCUCUUCAGAGUAUGAACAACGGUGUCGUCUUGGUAGUGAGGUCGGUAGCCUUUCCCGAUCUGCAUCUUCUGAAAAAUGUGAAAAGUAUGAGCUUCUUGACAACAUUCAAGAGAAACUGAACUCUUCUAAACUAAGGUGCUUCUUAAAAAAUCUAAAGAUUACAGUACUCUUCAUCAUUGUAGUUGUCUGUUCGGUAUUAUUUAGCACGUACUCUGAUAACAGCAGGACUUGGCAGAUGUUGGCCCUGUCCUCUCUGGAAAGCUACACUGCAAAUCUUACAGACUUUCGUGACUCUGCACUUCUAAAACUAGAAGUUGAUGGUCCAUUUGCUGGAGAUUUGAUUGAUCGACGUGAUGAUGAAUAUAUUCUUAUUCAAAUUGUGCAACUUGAUGACCCCUUUUCAAGGAGACGUCGACCUACACAGGUGAUACACAACUGGACACUGGCUCUGAAUUCAAGGCGUAAGGAACAUAUUAUAAAACAAAAAACAUUUGAAAUAUUAAACAGUGAAACCAUUUCCAUAAACAUUCAAGCAUUUCUUCAAGAGACUCAACUUGUCCCACUAUCUGUAUCUCAUCAGUACCUUAGUGCAAGCAUUGAGACCCAAGUAACAAUUGCAGCCAUUGUCUUAACAGGUGUUUAUGUGUUAAUCAUAUUUGAGAUUGUCCACAGAACUCUGGCAGCUAUGUUGGGAUCAUUGGCUGCCCUUGCAGCUUUGGCAGUGGUUGGUGAUAGACCGAGCUUGGCGAAGGUAGUAGAGUGGAUUGAUUAUGAGACGCUGGCACUUCUGUUUGGAAUGAUGAUAUUGGUGGCAAUAUUCUCAGAAACUGGAUUCUUUGACUAUUGUGCUGUAAAGGCUUACCAGCUGUCUAGAGGAAGAGUCUGGCCAAUGAUAAUAAUUCUGUGUCUUAUUGCUGCCAUUCUCUCUGCAUUUUUGGACAAUGUCACCACAAUGCUGCUUUUCACCCCAGUGACGAUAAGGUUAUGUGAAGUACUUAAUCUUGAUCCCCGACAUGUUCUAAUCGCAGAGGUUAUUUUCACAAACAUAGGGGGAGCUGCUACUGCUGUUGGGGAUCCACCCAAUGUAAUUAUUGUAUCCAAUCAGGAGCUAAGGAAGGUGGGACUGGACUUCGCUGGAUUCACAGGACAUAUGUUCAUAGGGAUUUGCCUGGUUCUUUUGGUAUCUUUCCCAUUUCUAAGAAUCUUGUAUUGGAACAAAAAACUUUACAAUAAGGAACCCAGUGAAAUUGUUGAAAUGAAACAUGAAAUUCAUGUUUGGAAGCUGACUGCACAGAGAAUUAAUCCUGCAAGUCGCGAAGAGACCGCAGUCAAAUGUCUCCUAAUGCAUAAGGUUUUGACGUUGGAGAGCUUGCUGAGGAAAAAGCUUAGAACCUUUCAGAAGCAAAUAUCACAAGAAGACAAAAACUGGGAGACAAACAUUCAAGAACUUCAUAAAAAACAUAGGAUUACGGACAAGAUCCUUCUAAUCAAAUGUUUAUCUAUCUUGGGAUUUGUUAUCUUCAUGUUCUUCCUUAAUUCAUUUGUCCCUGAAAUCCACCUGGACCUUGGAUGGAUUGCAGUUUUGGGUUCCUUGUGGCUACUUGUCCUUGCGGACAUUCAUGAUUUUGAAAUGAUUCUGCAUCGAGUGGAAUGGGCAACCUUGCUAUUUUUUGCUGCACUCUUUGUGUUAAUGGAGGCUUUGGCUAAUCUGCACUUAAUAGAUUACAUAGGGGAACAAACUGCAGUACUGAUAAAGGCAGUUCCUGAAGAUGAAAGGCUGGCAGUUGCAAUCAUAUUAGUAGUAUGGGUUUCAGCUUUAGCUUCAUCUCUAAUUGACAACAUCCCUUUUACUGCUGCAAUGAUUCCUGUUUUAAUAAAUUUAAGCCAGGAUGCAGAUGUUGAUCUCCCUAUUAAACCACUUAUUUUUGCCCUUGCCAUUGGUGCCUGUUUUGGAGGGAAUGGAACAUUGAUUGGUGCAUCUGCAAAUGUCGUGUGUGCUGGGAUUGCAGAACAGCAUGGAUAUGGAUUUUCCUUUAUGGAAUUUUUCAGGUUGGGAUUUCCCAUGAUGAUUGUUUCCACUACAAUUGGAAUGACUUAUCUGUUGGUGUCCCAUGUUCUAUUGCAAUGGAAUUCAUAAGCUACAAGAGAAGAUUACCAUUUCAGCAGUUACACUGAUCUAAUCAAUCCAUGGCUGUAUAUGAAGGGCUGGUGGAAUGAAUGAUCCCUGCUGUAUUCAAGAAAAAAUAGCAUUAUUUCUAAUACUGUACAUUAAUUCAUACACUUUGAGAAGUCUAUGCAACAGUUACUUGAUGCAUUAGAAAAUAGUUGCACAUAGGCAAAUAUGCAAUAUAAUUGCCCACUUUUAAUUGUGAAGUUUUUGAACUUUGUGGACAAAUUAAGUGGAUAAUAUAUCAAUAUUAUUCCACAUUAAUUAUUAUUCAGUUCAGUAUUUUCUCAUUAUGGUUUUCUAAGUAGGAGGAUAAAACAAUGCCUUAUGCUC